CAGUUAAUGCAGUGCCAGUCAGUAGCAGUGCAUGCAUAUAGAAAAAAAAAUAAUCAAAAAUUAUCCUGGCGGUGCGGUUGGUGAGAAAGAAGAAACCGGUCAACAGGAAAACAUUACCACAGUGCAUCAUUUUCGUCCCGAAUCUAUAGUGAAAACCGCAUUGCAUCACUGCUCGGCCGGCUGGUUGGCGAAUUAUGUGUUGAAAGGCUAAGGUUUGUGUAGGGAAAUUGGAGCAUUUUGUAGACGAUGGAUUUUUUAUUGCUCCUGGGCGUGGUAGUGGCCAUCUAUGGAGUCCUAUUGUUUUUCGAUAACUUUUUCAAGAGCUGUAUGCGCUAUCCUUAUGAGGCGUUCCUAAAGGGGACGGGUUUAUCGGUGAAAUUCCUCCGGUUACAGUGGCACACGACGGCUCUCAAUCGAUCCAUUGUCAAAUGGAGUACGGCUUAUCCGAAAUUGCUGGAUCUGAAUUUUAGCUUAGGAGUUUACUUGUCGAUUUUGCUCAUGCCACUUGCGUCACUACUAAUCAUUGUGUCCGCUUUUCAUACGAAGAGUUCCGGCAAGACGAGUUCGGAUGGUGCCGCAGGGGUUUCCAAGGCAGUGGCCGAAUCCGUAUCGUUGGAUUUGCUCAUUCCGGGAGUUAAUCUGCCAUUGAAUGAAAUUGGAUACUACAUCGCGGCAUUGGGGAUCAACAGUGUUGUGCACGAAUUGGGCCACGGGUUGGCCGCAGUGCUGGAGGAUGUUCCAAUCAAGGGCUUUGGAUUCCACGUAAUGUUGAUCAUUCCGAUGGCCUACACUCAGCUGGACUCGGACCAGCUAAAUGCGUUGAAGACGUGGAAGAGGUUGAAGGUGCUAUGUGCCGGGAUUUGGCACAAUCUGCUGCUGGGUGCUUUCACGUAUUUGCUGUUCGUCACAACUCCGGUGAUGCUGUCGGCGAUUUACCGGGUGAAUGAAUCCGUGAUGGUGACCCACAUCAAGAACAACUCUCCGCUGCUGGGAGCACGAGGACUGGAAGAAGGGGACAUCAUUACCGCAAUCAACAGUUGCGAAGUCCGCAACGAGGCAUCCUGGUACGACUGUCUGCUGGAAUCACUCCAUUCCCAGCCAUCGUACUGCAUUUCCCCAGACUUUGUCCACCUGAAUGACGAAUCGGUUCCAAUAUCACACAAAAACGAUGGCCUCAUCGAGUGCUGCAGCGUGGACAACACAGCCUCCAACUGCUUCGAGUACAUGGUCGAUGUGAACGAAGAGGACGUGGCCCUUCCGCAGCACAUGUGUCUCAACAUCCGAAAGGUGGUUGAAAACUCCUUUGGGUACUGCCAUCAGAAGCCCAUCUGCUCCGAAGGUCAUUGUUUCAAACCGAUGAUCAACAAUUUUACGACCAUUCUGCAAAUCCGGAGGGACCGCAAACCGGACGUAAUCUACAUUGGCCACCCGGCGGACCUCACCCGAACGAUCCGAAUAUCACAAUUCGUUCCGAAGACGUCCAUCUUUCGGCCCGGUUUCGCCGACGACAUCCAACUGCUGCUCAAGUACGUGACGGUGUUUGCCCUCGGUCUCUCGGUCAUCAAUGUGAUACCCUGCUUCGGCUUCGACGGGCAGCACAUCGUCAGUGCGCUGCUGACGAACGGGCUGGUCGUUAGCCGGGUGCCACAGAAAAGCAAACGGGACGUGAUUGCACUGUGCAUCAACAUCGUUGGGACGCUGUUUGUGUUUAUUCUGCUGACCAAGGUCUUCUGGCAGAUGCUGUUCAAGGCCUUGUGGCAGUAGGUGUGGGGUGGGUGGGGAGAGAAUAGAGAGAAAGAAUCUGAACUUUGUACAACUGACAGUGCACUGUGGUCCAGUGAGUAGAUUUACGGGAAAAAGUGUUUGAGCGUGAACAUUAUGUUUUAUGUUCUUUCAAAAUCUUUUGUUUCAAUUGUUAUCUAUUCCCAGUAAGUAAAAUUAUUUUUAUUAGUCUUUGAUCCAGUAAGGCCUUCAAAAAGAAAAUGAAUAUGCAUGGAAAUCAAUAUAAAACAGUAGACGUUCGAUCGGUGCAUACAAUAACGAGUUUUUACUGCAAGCUCGGUAAAGUGCAACAAAUGUGCAGUUAUCGCACCGCCAAUCGUAAAAAUGGUGCGUCAUAUUGGUCCUUAUAUACACUAAGUGUACAAUCUUGAAAGAAUUUCACAUUCAUUUAUGGUGAAGGUUGCCAGCGUUCACUUUCUAAACAGUGCAGUUUGCCUCGCAUUUUCUGGAGCACAAAUCUGAAGACCAGACUCGGUGUUCAAUGCGAGUAAGCAAGUAACGAGUAACAUUUCUAGAUCAGUUUGUUUGACGGAUCUCCAGAUUUCUGCUCGAGAAAAAUCGAGUGGAACGAAAGGCGACCAUGUAGCGGCCAUCUUUGUACAGUCAACUUUCGCUUGUUACACUAAGCUCUUAGGGGCUGUCCAUAAAC